AUGGCUGCGCCGGACACGAGUGUCCCGCCCACGGCGGACACGGCGUCUGCCGUCAAUAACGGCGAUGACGUGGUUGCCUUUGUGGUUGGCGACGGCCAGCACAAGCUUUACUUCUCGAAGCGCGCCUUGAUGCGCCACGCGCCGUUUUUUCGCGCGUACUUCACAGAACACGCCGCGGAGGCCACCGCUGCCAGCGGUGGUGGAUCCGGUGGCACGACUGUUGUGCUGAGGCACGUGAAGCCGCGGAGCGCUGAAGCCGCUCUGCGCCUGUGCCACAGCGCCCAUCACUCUGACGACGGGCUCUUCUGGUCACUGCAGCGGGAGUGCGAGAAAGCAGAUGCAGCGCACAAGCCAGAGGCGUUGCGAGCUGUGCUCUCUCUGUACGCCGCGUGCGUGAAGUUCGAGCUGCACGAGCACGCAAAAGUGGCUAGCGCGACUGCUGCUGGCGCUGUCACGGCGCACACGGUGUACGAUGUGCUGAAGACGUGCGCGCGCUACGCGACGACACUGCUGCCGGAGAUGAGACGCGCAGUUGGGCUAGAUGUGCUUCUCGCUGCAUGCUAUGCGUUUGUGCGGACUCACAGUGCACGGCAGGGAGAGCGGCGCUGGCGCCGGCUCUACGAGCAAUACCCUGGGCUUUCUGAGAUUGUCGCGGCCGCCAGCGCUGCUACUGCAACGCCCAGUGCGCAGGGAGAGGGCAGCGCCAGCGCUGCUGCAGGGGGCUCGCCAUCUCCGCUGCGGCGCGUCUUCUUGUCUCCACCAAAGGAGCCAGCCACCGCUGGGUCGUCUGCGACAGUGAUGCCAGAAUCGGCCGCGCCACUGCCUGAUGUGUUUGCUGCCCACCUCCGGCAGACAGAGGGUCUGGCACUGGCCGCGCAAUGGCGGUGUCGCACCAUGUCAGCAGAAGUGACUGCGCUGCGUGAGAGCUGCGCUGCCCUCGAGGCCACCGCCCAGCGCGAUGAGGCUGCUGCCGCGGAGGUGGAGCGCUACCUGGGCGAAGUGCGCGUGUACGUGCAGGCACUAUGGCGCGCGGAGACGGAGAUGCAGCAGUUGUGUGCUGCAGCUGCCGCGAUGUGCGCUGCGCCAUCGUCUUCUGCGACUGCCGCCUCGACGCUGCACGAGCUGCGGUACGCUCUGCAGCGCGCGUCGGCGUGGGCUGCAGAGCGGAAGGCGGCCGUUGAUGAGCUUCUCGCCUUGGAGCAAGACGCGGUAUGUGAGCUUGACGCCGAGCUUGCACGGCUGCGCGCGGUGAUUUGCUAG